AUGCAAACUGAGCAAACUAAGACUAAUUCAACUCGUCCAGUCAAGUCUUCUAAUAAGUAUGGACUUUACAUCAUAAUGACUGCAGUAGUAGUUGGUAUAGCUGCUUAUAUUUGGGCCGUUUAUGAGUUUAAAUUUAAUCGAGUUUAUCCCGAAGCCAUGGGUUCUAUGUUCUAUUCCUGGGUUAAGGAAGGAGCUAAUGACUGUAUGUUCGCUAAGAAGGUAGAGAAAUUCCCAGGAGGACCAGCUCAAGCUAAGAAUGCUGCCUACUUAAAAAAGCAUUUAGAUGAUCAUUACCCAGAACACUUCCCUAGAGAUAGUGUUAACUAUUUAAGUAUGUCUUUUCCACAACUAGAUUUAUAUCUAGCUCUUCGUCGUGUUUUUGUUCGUAGUGAUAUUACUUUAGCUAUCAAAGAUAAGGCAGUAGUAGAUGAGUUGUUAAAAACAAGACCUGCUGAUGUAAGUAGGGAUGAACUUAAGAAGUUCUUAGCUACUAGAACUGCUCCUAUCUUUUUUGGGCCAAGAACUGAAGCUGAGAUUCAAUCGGCUUUAGAAGAGUUUGGAAGGAGUAUUCCUAAUCGGCAAGAAGCUUUUGCUGAUAUCGCUGAUAAGCUUAUUGAUAUUUUUGGUCUCUUUUCUUCUGAAGUUGAUUCUUAUAGGUAUGAUGAUAAAGGUAGACCGGCUGCAAGGGCUGUUGACUUAGUAACUGAACUUCUGGAGCUUGUUAAUGGCGUAGAUAAGAAGUUAAUGGCUGAGGAAGUACGAUCUCACUUGACUGGAACUGAUGUGGAUAUGUUAUUCAAGGGCUUAAACUUAUCGGGUGGGAAGAGUCCAGAAAGGGCUUUGGCUGAGAAGUUCUUUAAGGAUAUGACUUAUGGAAGUCUUUCGGUCUAUUCGGCCUUUGCUUAUUCACGUAUGGCUUAUCUAUUUUACUUUUUAACGUUAGAUUAUGACUUUGGCCUUGAAUUACCAAUUGAGGCUGAUUUAGCUACGCGACAGAACGUAUAUGAGGAGAGGAUUGACCGCUUGGGUUUACUGAUUGGAUAUUCAAUGGCUAGACUCUUAUCUCGUAAUAUUGGUCAGGAGUAUGUGACUAAAUCAAGAAGUGCCUUGGUUAAUUUACUGUUUACGCGUAAAGUAGUCGAUCCUUAUCCAGGGAUUGAAGCUGACUUACAGAACUUCGUGAUCCAUCUAAAGGGGAAGAAGAAGUUAGUGCGUAAAGCUCUUACCGGACGAGCUGUUGCUCCUAGUCCAGCCGUAGAAACUACCGCUUAA